AUGUCGACGCCCGACUUGAUGACCAUCUUUCGGAACAGAGCCGAGGUCGGCAGACUGUACAGUAUCCAUGCGCGCCUCGGUCUGCGCUUCAUGUUCAUCGGAGGUGACAGCGAUGACAAGAUCUUGUGGCUGAGAGUCUCCACCCGUACUCGCUAUGGAAUGGGCAUGGUCACUAGUGUGGAGUUCAACCAACUUCUUGAUUACUACCAGCAGGCGGCCGAUGAUGUCAAGGAUCCCGAGGGCGACCCCCAGCUCCGGGAGAUGAUCAUCAGACUAGCAUGCCUCAACGCCGACGCUUGCCAGCGUGCCAACGAGCGUGGCUCGUUCACUUGCACUUCGCAGGCGUGCCACAGCACUCCCUAUGAGGAGUCACUUGAGGACUCAGUUGAGGAAUCAGUCGAAGACUCAGCCGAGGGGUCUGACGACGACUCAGACGAGGAGUCCGACGAGGAGGCCCUGGACCCCGUUCAGAUGAGCCGUAUCGCCUACGAGCGCGCCAAGGGGUUCGAGGAUGACGACGAAUUUUUCUACUAUACUCCAGUCAACACCGCCAAAACUACCCAGGAGUAUGGCGGUGGAAACGACAUGGAGAUUGGCGAGGAAACUGAUAGGGAUGACUAA